AAAUCCAGCCUCCGACGUCCUUUCCACCGUCAACAUCCUCCGCGUUCCACCAUCGUUCAGAGCUGAAAUGGAGGCCCUGUGUUUCACUCCUUGCGUCAAAAUCCCUAACAAUGGCGUCAUAUUACACAAUGUCAACACGACGAGGAGGAGGAAACCUUCCGUUUCCGCCACCAUGUCCAAAUCAAAGGCGGAGAUGGACUUGCUGUCCGCGACGGAGGCCAACGCAAUGGCUGCGGUGUUGCGGAACCGAGAACAACUACCAGCAGUGCUUCGAGUGUCUCCGUCUUCAUUGCAGUAUGAAUCAGGCCAGUUGGGCGCUGUGCCGGACCAUAAGGUGGAGGAAGGCCAUGGUAUUUUGAGUGAGAUGGAGUAUUUGACGAAUAUAUUGUCGUCGAAUCGAGUUUAUGACGUAGCAAUUGAAUCGCCGUUGUCUCUCGCGUCCAAGCUUUCGGAGAGGUUGGGUGUGAAUAUGUGGCUUAAAAGAGAAGAUCUUCAGCCUGUUUUCUCGUUCAAGCUUCGUGGAGCAUAUAAUAUGAUGGCAAAACUCCCGAAGGAACAACUGGCACAAGGUGUUAUCUGCUCGUCUGCUGGCAAUCAUGCUCAAGGGGUUGCAUUAGCAGCCAAGACACUGGGCUGCGAUGCAGUGAUUGUCAUGCCAGUUACCACACCCCAGAUCAAGUGGGAGUCAGUUAAGAGGUUAGGUGCAACAGUUGUCCUUGAAGGUGAUUCCUAUGAUGAAGCGCAAUCAUAUGCCAAAAGAAGAGGUGAAAUGGAGAAACGAACCUUCAUUCCUCCUUUUGAUCACCCAGAUAUCAUAAUGGGCCAGGGAACUGUUGGAACGGAAAUCGUGCGCCAAAUGCAAGGUCCACUCCAUGCCAUAUUUGUGCCUGUGGGGGGUGGCGGCUUGAUAGCUGGCAUUGCUGCUUAUGUGAAGAGGGUUUCACCAGAGGUACGGAUCAUCGGUGUGGAGCCUGCUGAUGCUAAUGCAAUGGCUUUGUCAUUGCAUCAUGGUCAAAGAGUAAUGCUUGAUCAAGUGGGAGGCUUUGCAGAUGGUGUUGCUGUUAAGGAGGUUGGUUCGGAAACUUUCCGUUUAUGUAGGGAAUUGAUAGAUGGAGUAGUUCUUGUCAGCCGUGAUGCUAUCUGUGCAUCCAUAAAAGACAUGUUUGAGGAGAAAAGGAGCAUUCUGGAACCAGCAGGUGCCCUUUCGCUUGCUGGGGCUGAAGCAUACUGCAAGUUCUAUAACCUUAAGGAUGUAAAUGUUGUAGCAAUAACUAGUGGAGCCAACAUGAACUUUGAUAGAUUGAGAUUGGUAACAGAGCUUGCAAAUGUCGGUAGGCAGCGAGAGGCUGUGCUUGCAACUUUCAUGCCAGAGGAACCUGGAAGCUUUAAGCAGUUUUGUGAACUGAUUGGGUCAAUGAAUAUCACCGAGUUCAAGUAUAGAUAUGACUCUCAAGAAAAACAAGCUCUAGUCCUGUACAGCGUUGGUCUUCAUACAAAGUUUGAACUCCAAGCAAUGGUGGAGAGAAUGGAGUCAUAUCAACUAAAAACUAUAGAAUUUACAAACAAUGACAUGGUUAAAGAUCAUUUACGGCAUCUGAUGGGUGGUCGAACUAACGUUGAAAACGAGCUUCUUUGUCGGUUUGUAUUUCCGGAAAGACCAGGGACUUUGAUGAAAUUCUUGCACGCUCUGAGUCCACGUUGGAAUAUUAGUUUGUUUCAUUAUCGUGCACAGGGAGAAGCUGGUGCAAAUGUUUUAGUCGGUAUUCAAAUUCCGUCAACCGAAUACUGUGAGUUCCGGGAGCGUGCCAACGAUCUUGGAUACGAGUAUGAAAUGGAAACGGAUAAUGAAGCAUUCCAGCUUCUAAUGCGUUGAAGGCAGUGACCAGAGCUCGAAUGAAUUUUGACUUCAUGUUUCCACCCAAAACAUCUUGUUGUAGUGGUAGGUAAAUUUUAGGUAAUACGUGUUGUUUCUGUGUGUAAUUGUCUUACUGUUUUAUGAGCUUUCUUGUGGACCGUAUUUAUAAUCCUAAUCGUUUGUCCACAAA